ACGACUCCGGCUCCACCUCGCGCUCGGCUCGGGCAGAGCGAGCAGCGCCGAGAGCCCCGCAGCAGCGCGCCCGGCCUCCCGGAGCCCCGCGAUGGAGAUGGCAGAAGCGGAAUUGCACAAGGAGAGGCUGCAAGCCAUAGCAGAAAAAAGAAAGCGACAGACGGAAAUAGAAGGCAAACGACAGCAGCUCGACGAGCAGGUACUCCUGCUGCAGCAUUCCAAGUCCAAAGUGCUUCGGGAAAAAUGGCUGCUGCAGGGUAUCCCCGCUGGAACUGCCGAAGAGGAGGAAGCCAGGCGGCGGCAGUCUGAGGAGGAUGAGUUCAGAGUCAAGCAGCUGGAGGAUAACAUCCAGAGGCUGGAGCAGGAAAUCCAAGCACUCGAAAGUGAAGAAUCCCAGAUAUCUGCCAAAGAGCAAAUCAUCCUGGAGAAGCUAAAAGAGACAGAAAAAUCCUUCAAGGACUUUCAGAAGAGCUUCUCCACUACGGAUGGAGCUGUGUACGCCAUGGAAAUUAAUGUGGAGAAAGACAAACAAACAGGAGAGACCAAGAUUCUCUCUGCAUCUACCAUUGGCCCAGAGGGGGUCCAUCAGAGAGGAGUCAAAGUCUAUGAUGAUGGUACCAAAGUAGUGUAUGAGGUGCACUCGGGAGGCACCGUGGUAGAAAACGGAGUGCACAAAUUAAGCGCAAAGGAUGUGGAAGAGCUUAUUCAGAAGGCUGGACAAUCAAGCUUGAGAGGAGACCACGUGUCAGAAAGGACUGUGAUUGCGGACGGGAGCCUCGGCCACCCCAAGGAACACAUGCUCUGCAAAGAAGCCAAGUUAGAAAUGGUCCAUAAAUCUAGGAAAGAUCACUCUCCUGGGAACCCAGGGCAGCAGACCCAAGCCCCCAGCACGGAAGGGCCAGAAGCAAGCUUGGAUCAGCCCGUCACCAUGAUUUUUAUGGGCUACCAAAAUAUCGAAGAUGAAGAGGAGACGAAAAAGGUGCUAGGCUACGACGAAACCAUCAAGGCUGAGUUGGUCCUCAUCGACGAAGACGAUGAGAAGUCAUUGAGAGAGAAGACAGUGACGGACGUGUCCACCAUUGAUGGGAACGCAGCCGAGCUUGUGUCCGGGAGGCCGGUCUCAGAUACCACAGAACCCUCGUCCCCAGAAGGGAAGGAAGAGAGCCUGGCCACAGAGCCAGCCCCAGGGGUCGGAUGGCAAAGUGUGCUGCUAACAGGAGAUGAGGAGACAGGCUCAGGUGCCCCAGAAACAUCCAGCCCAGACAUGACUCUGAAGAAGCCCCCGCAGCUUUCUGAGGAUGAUAUCCAGCUGAAAACCGAGAGAGACAGCUGUCGUGCCAAUCUCCUGGAGCCUGCUCCCAGAUCUCUUCCCUCAGAUCACCAAAACAUGGAAAUUGAGGUGUCUGUUACAGAAUGUAAAAGCGUUCCUGGAAUCACCUCUACCCCCCAUUCCGUGGACCACCCCUCCCCAUUCUAUUCACCCCCUCACAAUGGCCUCCUCCCUGAUCACCACGAGUCCCUGGAUAAUGAUGUGGCCAGAGAGAUCCGAUAUCUAGAUGAGGUGCUGGAGGCCAACUGCUGUGAUUCUUCGGUGGAGGGAACCUACAACGGGACAUCCUCCCCAGAGCCUGGCGCGGCCACCCUGGCGGGCAGCCUGAGCCCACCAGCCCACCCAGCCACCCAGCCGGAACCUGCCGAGGGAGCCGCGGGCAGGCAGGCACCCCCGCACAUCGAGCUCAGCAGAAGCCCCUCUGACACCAUGGCCGAGACGGAAAGAGUGAAUGGCCAUCCCCCCGACCAGCCCCGGGACACGCUAGGGGACAGCCUGCAGGCCCCUGCGAGCCCCAGCUCCUCCACCAGCUGCCGCUGUUCUUCCCGAGACGGGGAGUUCACGCUCACCACCCUGAAGAAGGAGGCCAAGUUUGAGCUGCGCGCCUUCCACGAAGACAAGAAGCCCUCCAAGCUCUUCGAGGAGGACGAGCGUGAGAAGGAGCAGUUCUGUGUGAGGAAGGUGAGGCCCUCGGAGGAGAUGCUGGAGCUGGAGAAGGAGAGGAGAGAGCUCAUCCGGAGUCAGGCCGUGAAGAAGAAUCCCGGCAUUGCUGCCAAGUGGUGGAAUCCCCCGCAGGAGAAGACCAUCGAGGAACAGCUGGACGAGGAACACCUGGAGUCGCACAAAAAGUACAAGGAGCGCAAGGAGAGGAGGGCCCAGCAGGAGCAGCAGCAGCUGCAGCAGCUGUUGCAACAGCAGCAGCAGCAGCAGCAGCAGCAACAGCAGCAGCCCCCUCCAGAGCUCUGCACAGCCCCUGCUUCCGCUCAAGAACGUCCAGGCGGGACUGAAAAGGAGGACAUUGUCACAGAACAGAUUGACUUCUCUGCCGCUCGCAAACAGUUCCAGCUGAUGGAGAAUUCCAGGCAGACGGGGGCCAAGGGCCAGAGUACACCCCGGCUGUUCUCCAUCAAGCCUUUCUACCGGCCUCUGGGGUCCAUCCACUCGGACAAACCCCCGACCAUCCUGAGACCGGCUUCUAUUGGGGUAGCUCCAGAGGACAGUGGCGUGUCUGCAGCCAAGGGGCAGAAAGCCCCCUGUACGCUGGAGAGCCAGUCGGCGGGAGGAGGCCCUGGCAGCACCGCCCCUCAGGGAAAGGAAGGGCCCUACAGCGAGCCCUCCAAACGCGGGCCCUUAUCUAAACUGUGGGCCGAGGACAGUGAGUUUACCAGCGCCCGGGCCGUCCUCACCGUGGUCAAGGAUGACGAGCAUGGCAUUUUGGAUCAGUUCUCGAGAUCGGUCAAUGUCUCUUUGACCCAAGAGGAGCUUGACUCAGGUUUGGAUGAGCUGUCGGUGAGGUCCCAGGACACCACGGUCCUGGAGACCUUGUCCAACGACUUCAGCAUGGACAACAUCAGUGACAGUGGGGCGUCCAACGAGACAACCAACGCCCUCCAGGAAAACUCCCUGGCUGACUUCUCUCUGCCUCAGACUCCACAAACAGACAAUCCCUCUGAGGGCCGAGAGGGCGUCUCCAAGUCAUUUAGCGAUCAUGGUUUCUAUUCCCCGUCCUCCACACUGGGGGACUCCCCGUCGGUGGAUGAGUCCUUGGAAUAUCAGGCUGGUCUCCUGGUGCAGAAUGCCAUUCAACAAGCCAUAGCCGAGCAGGUGGAUAAGGCCGCGCCCCAGGCCAGCGAGCCUGGAGCAGAGCAGGGGAGACCUGACACAACCCUCGAGGGAGCUGAAACCAGAGCUGCUGGCCCCGAGAAGCCCCAGAGCAUGUUUGAGCCACCUCAAGUGUCCUCUCCUGUUCAAGAGAAAAGGGAUGUAUUACCAAAGAUUCUGCCUGCAGAGGACAGGGCUCUCAGGGAAAGGGGGCCCUCCCAGCUACCACCAACCGUGCAGCCCAGUGGCCCAGUCAACAUGGAGGAGACCAGGCCCGAGGGGGGCUAUUUCAGCAAGUACUCGGAGGCUGCUGAGCUGAGAAGCACAGCCUCCCUCCUGGCCACUCAAGAAUCCGACGUGAUGGUUGGGCCCUUUAAGUUGAGGUCAAGGAAGCAGCGGACGUUGUCCAUGAUCGAAGAAGAGAUCCGAGCAGCCCAGGAGAGGGAAGAGGAGCUGAAGCGGCAGAGACAAGUCUUGCAGAGUGCACCGAGCCCCAGGACCAGGAACGCCCCAUCGCUGCCCUCCCGAACCAAGUCCGGCUACAAAACCGCCCCAGGGAAAAUAGAGAAAGUCAGACCUCCUCCAUCCCCCACAACCGAAGGCCCCAGCUUGCAGCCUGACUUAGCUCCCGAAGAGGCUGCCGGAACCCAGCGGCCCAAGAACCUGAUGCAGACCCUCAUGGAAGACUAUGAGACACACAAAUCUAAAAGGCGCGAGAGAAUGGAUGAUAGUAGUUACACCUCUAAGUUACUGUCUUGCAAGGUGACCUCUGAGGUCCUUGAGGCCACACGGGUUAAUCGAAGGAAGAGCGCACUGGCCUUGCGCUGGGAGGCAGGGAUCUACGCCAACCAGGAGGAAGAGGACAAUGAAUAACUUCCUUCGGCCCGGGAAACUUCUUUGGUGCUUGGGAUACCAAGAAACCAAGAAAUGAUCACAUCAAAGCAUUUUGAUGGACUAUUUAUUAAAGUGCAUACAAACUCAGCAAUCCUUCUGUAGACCAGAAACUGCAACACACAACGAUGAAGAAUAAAGCAAAAAGGGGGUCCACCCGUCGAAUUCUGAGACCCAGGAGUCAGAAGAGAAAGGAUUUCUUUGUGACUUAAAGAAGCCUCUGGAUUUGGACCAGUCCACAAUUGAUCCAAAAAGACAAAGACACUAUAAGCAAAACAACAGAUUUGCUGAGGGCAGACCUUUGACCAGCCUUGGUGGGUGAUGAGGACAGACAGUGAGGAUAAGUCCAUUCGUGAGCUGUAGGGCCCAGGCUGUUACCAUCUGUGUGGCACAGGGUAUUUCUCUGCUCUGGCUUCCCACCUCUUGCUCGUGGCAUCCAAGGUGUUGGAUUGGCGCCAUUUUCUCCAGCCGCCAUACAAUGAAUGGUGUUCCUCUCUGUGGUUGCCCCAAAGAGGCAGUUAUGAUAAUAUUUCUCUUACAUUUGAUUAUUUUUAAUUGGGAGCAAUUAAUGAUUGCAAUGCAUACAAUCCAUAUUUUUAAGACAAUAUAUCUUCAUGUUGCAGAUGCAAUCUCUUCUACACUAGGAGGUUGAGGAAUGUGGGGUGAGAAAGCCAAACCAAAUGGAUUAUUUUAGCUUUAGGAUCUUGUCCGCUUAUACUCUUGACUGAUGUGUAGUUUAGAAGAACACAUUUUCACAAUUACGUUUCUUCACGUGAAAACUAUAUUUAGUGGGCAACAACUAUUUUUAUGAUGGGAUAGGGGAAUAUAAACAUGAAUAAAACCUGUACACAUUGAACAGCUUGGUUCAAGAUGGUAGGGGUAUUUUUAGAUGGCAAUAAUUGGGGGGGAAAAAAAGGUCAAACUCUGCCUUAGAGAGGUAGAUGGCAAGAAAUAAAAGUGUUUAUAACUAUUUUGUAUUAUAAAGUGAGCCUUAGAGGUAGUAGGAAGAAGGAAGGGAUGUUUGGGGUCAAUAGAAAGGAAACAUUAAAGUCAAUGAAGGUAGGGAGAGAACGAGGGAGGAGGGAGAGGGAGGAGAAGGACGUGAAAGAGAUUAUUUUUUUGGCUGAGUGCUUUUCAGGAUGCUAAAGAGAAAAAUAUAGAAUAGAAAUUUUAAGUACAGGCUUGGAAUCAACUACAAAUCCUAAAGAUGGGGGGGGGUGUGUGUGUGUACACCUUUGUGUGUUUGUGUAACGAGUGUAUGUUCACGGGUGUGUGUGUGUGUGUGUUAAAUUUCAAUUGCUCACGACACCUGAGUGUACAGUUAUUUCCUCCAAAGCUGUUAGCCAGCAUCAGGAGUGAGUGAGAAUUUCUUUUUUAUGAAAAGGGAUAUAAAGGCACCGAGCUGAUGCAGUAUUUGUAAUAUUAAAUUGACCUAACAUGGUAUUUGCAUGAAUCACAAUUGCAGAGUUUUGAGUAGUUUUGUAAUUUGACAUUUAGGAACGUAUCCUAUUUAUUCCCAUGCUUUGGAUUCAUGCUUAGUAUACACUAGAGGAUGCUAGCUUUACUGUUUUCUGUCAUUUAAAGCAAUAUGAUAAGGGCAUUCAGUAAUUGGGUGCCCUAAAUUUCUGGAUGAGAAAAUGUUCUGUUUCUGGCCAUGAGAAAAAUAACUAACCAGCCUUCGUUAUUUUUCCUUUGUUUUAAAACUAUUUUUUAAAGCAAUAAUUAAAUUAGAUCUCAUUAAAAUUCUUUUUUUUUGUUUUAAUAUUGUUAUGUCAUAAGCUCUGAUAUGUUAUUCUCAUAAGUAGCAAUUCCACAAAACCCGUAUGUAGUGUUACCCACAUUAUCUUUGCUUUUUUAUCUUUGCUAGUGUUGACUUUGAGGGAAAGUUUAUUCACAAAUGGUGGGCAUAAAGUAAAAAGAUGGAACUGGCCAAUAACCCCUAAAGAUCCUUUCAAAGUGCCUCUGGUACCUGUCAUAUGCACCCACAUUCUGCAGAUUGUAGCCAACCUUGCAUGUGGGCAUUUGGCAGUUGGGAUGGUUCAUUCUCCUGAAUGUUCAGCCAAGUGCUAGCCAUUGGGGGACACUGAACAAAUAAGACCCCUGAUACAGGAGUUCAUUUUAUAGUGGCAGAGGCUGGCAUGGAGCCAGGUAUUCCCAGGAAGGUGACCUCCAUGUUAGAGCAGAGGUCCUGCCCCAUUGGAAUGGGAGCGCCCAGGAAGGAGGACCACCAUUUGUCUAAGGAUUUCUGGGCUGAGGACCGAAUGGGAGGGGCGUUCUCUAAGGAGACACAUGCAGAAGAGCAGAGGAGGCAUCAGCACCUGUGGCCCCAAGCACAGUGGCAGUCAGGAUGGUGGCCAGUAGGCUACAUUUAUGGGUUGCUCAGGAAAUACACUGUGCUUCAUGCUUUGGGACAGACAUGGAACUCUUAGAGAGCACAGACAUGCUAUUGACUAACUCCCCCCAUUUUUUCACAAGAGGGAACCAUUUUCACCACUUACCUUAAGCUUUUGUUCUGUCUGGAAGGGGAUCUUGUACCCACGGGACAGCUGCAAUGGAGAAGAGCUGGGGCCGGGAGGAACGUUAGGAAGCCACCCAGUUCAUGGAAUCACUUUCAAAGCAACCUUGAUUGAACAAGAGGCAUUGAUUGCUCUAGAGCCAGGAUCCCUUGGGCCACACUCCACGAAUAGAUGAGGAAAUAAAUGUGAUUUCUGUGACUGUUUCUCCCAGUCACGGACCUGUUUUUACUGUGUCCCCUACAUCUCCAACUUUUACUAGUUCCCCCAAAUUGCCUUCUGGAUGACUGCUAUUUCCUUGCUCUACUCACUGACAAUCCCAUUGCAUUCCUAUUAAAAAUGUAAAUUACGGUUCACUGGGGUAGAGCCAGGUUUUGUCUGUGCUCUUGUUUUUUUUUUUUUAUUAUUCAUUCAAGAAACAUUCCCCCUCACUGCCACCCCAUGUUUGCGCCAUGGACACAGCACUGUGCUCUGGGAUCCCACAUGAACCCCUGUAGCUUCCUGAAGAUGGAACAGACCCCUGGAGAAAAGUCAUUCCUGCCUAAUCCACUGGGAGAAAGAGGCUCAGGAAGCUCUCGGCCUCACCCUUCAAUAGCACACAAGCUUGUUAAUGUCGACUAGAACAAAUGUUGAGAUUUUGCAAACGUUAGAGCCUUCCCAGAAGUAUUCCUUGCUGCAGUGUUUAUGGAUGUUCAGUUUCUUCCAGAGCCGAUUAACCACUGACACGCCUUGGUUCUCUCAUCCAGAAAUUAUGGAAACAGGGUCUGUCAGUGACAGAGGUUGGUUGAAUUCUACUUGGAUGACAAUGCAAUUACCCAUGCAUGCUGCCCACCCUAGGCGAUGACAUAGAAGCAGUAUCUAUAUCAGUGUCCACACACACACACACACACACACACACACUCAUAACAAGAAACACUAAAGCAGUGUUGACUCUUGUCGCUGAAGACAAACAUUUUUUUUUUCCAAAUGAAGAAUGGAUUUAAUUAAACUAUGUAUUGGAAAAAAAAUAGCCUAAGUAUUAGAGAAGGUGACUAUAUCCAGUUUUAGUUACAGAAUCAAUUUCCUGAAUUUUUAGCAUUCAGUGAGCUGCCAAUUUUGAUUGUGUUGCUCUUUAUCCAGAUGACAUUUUCUUUUUUUUUAUGGAGGAGGGGAAAAAAGCAGCAAUACUGUGUUUGAAAAUUAUACUCUGUAUCUGGCUUUCCUGUGUAUGUUAACCACUUCGAUGUUAUUAUCCUGCUUCAGUUUUAUAGUGAUUGUGAGGCAUUCAAUGCAAGUAUACAGUUAUUUUCUCAUUAAAAACCCGAUGUGUGUUGUGUUUUUAUAAA